AUGGCCAGUCUGCAAUUCCGGGCAUCUCGCCAUCAGGCCCUGCUAGACAGGUACAACGUCAACUUGUGGAUCUCCAUCAGCAAGUUCAAAGAGGGCCUUCCACAGGACCGAGCCCAGCAGUUCACCACCUUGGUGGACGAGGGCGAAGUGGUGGCGAGAGGCUAUACCACUAGAGUGACCCACACGGCCAAGUGGAGGUGGUUUACGUACUGGUCCUCAAAUAAAGGCAUUCGGCCCAAGCGGGCUUCGCUGCAGUUAAUCCUGGGCUGCCUUCUGCACUGCAAGCUCCAAGACCUGUCCCUGUCAUCCAUUAAGGUCCAUCUGGCUGCUAUUUCGGCUUUCCAACUGCCACUAGAGGGCAGGUACUUGGCUAAGUGUCUGGAGCAUUUCCUGGUGACGGCUGAGGAACACUUAAUGGUGGGCUGGAGGGUGAUCUACUACAUCUUCACAGACAGGGUGGGCGCGGUGCCACGGCUCCGCCUGGCCACGGAGCGGCACCUGCGGACCCUGAUAGUGGAGAACCAGAAGGGCUGGCAGGAUGUCUCCAUGAUGAGGAUACAUUGGUUCACCCAGUGCCUGGACCCUGCUAUCUGCAGGAAGGCCCAGUAAGUUUUCUGCCUGUAUAUCGACCAGUUCUUUGUUGGAGCCUUCGGGCUGGGAGCGCUGGCCGAGUCCGUUGCCCUGCUCCAUUCCUAUUUCGACCGGUGGACCUGCUUCUCCUUCACCUCUGACCGAAACCUCAGACCAGCUGCCUUUCUGGGCCCAGGUGCAGGGGACUGCCACUACCGUGCAGCAGUGUUAGGGGUCAUGCCCACAGUGAAGAACCUGACGGAAAGCUGCUUCCAGGACAAGAGGAAUGGCGUGGAGGCCCGCUGGCAUGACAAGAGCCACCUCAAUAAGUACUUCCAGCUGCACAAGCCAACCAAGAUCUUGUCUCCGGAGUACUGCUGGGAUGAGGCCAUCGGGCCAGGUGGAGACAUCCGCAUCUCUAGGCUGCUGUGGGCCAAGAAGCAGCGCAGUGUGGUGCGCCCGACAGAUCAGUGA